AUGUUCACACUCUUACCAAUCACCCAUCCAACUGCGGAUACAAAACAUCCUUUGUUGUUGUUGCAAUCAGAUCAUGGGGAAAGAUAUUUUUUUGGCAAAAUUCCAGAAGGGGCGCAACGUGUACUCACAGAGAACAGAAUAAGAAUAUCAAAAUUAGAAAAUAUUUUCAUCACAGGUGAAUUGAACUGGCCAUGUUUAGGAGGUCUACCAGGUAUGAUCCUUACAAUUGCUGAUAAAGGGAAGACAAAUCUUUGCUUGAAUUAUGGGAGUAGUUUAGUGGAUUAUAUCGUGUCUACUUGGAGAUAUUUCGUUUUUAGAUUUGGUAUCAAUUUGAAAACCAAUAUAUUGACAAAUGGCCAAUCUUAUAAGGAUAAGUUUAUUACUGUUAAGUCAAUUGUCUUAUCUCCUACUACUAUUUCAGCCCCUACCAAUACUGAAGAAGUAUUUUCAGCGAAGGAAAGAACGAUGUUACAAUCAAUAAUUUCAAACAUGUUUCCUAAGUUAGGUCCGGUCACCAGAUACGAUCCCUCCUCUGAUCCUCAUCUAAAUGUAGAAUUGCCCAAUAAAAACUUCAAAGACGUGCGAGAAACACUAACUUCCACUACAUCAUAUGAACUUUCUUUCAACCCUGUAAGAGGUAAAUUUAAAGUAGAAGAAGCGAUUAAGUUAGGUGUUCCAAAAGGUCCCCUCUUUGCGAAGUUAACUAAAGGUGAAACAAUAUCUUUGGAAAAUGGAACAAUUGUUACAGCAGAUCAAGUUCUAGAAAAGGAGCGUCAAUUUGCUAAGAUAUUAAUCUUAGAUAUUCCACAUAACGAUUACCUUCCAUCUUUCAAGGACUGUUUUGACGGUUACGAUCAAACAGAUUUAGGCGCAAUUUACUAUUUCCUUGGCGAAGACGUCACAAUUGACUCUAAGCUUAUUUCGUUUAUAGAGACAUUCAACCAAAACAACAAUAUACAACAUUUUGUCUCCCAUUCUAAAGUAUCACGUAAUAACUUAACUUUCUUGGGAUCAACUCUAACAACCAUGAAAUUAAAAGCCUUACAAAUUAAUAACUAUAACCUACCAAGAAGUGAUUCACUUAUAUCAAAAGAAUUUUACGAAUGUUUUGAUAAAAAUAUACCAGACGGAGUGUCAAUGGUUCAAUCAGAAGAAGAUCCUGUUUCUGCAAAGUCAAUUCCAUCUGAUAAUGUUCAUAUUUAUUGUCAAAAUAAAUCAUUGGUUAUUCAACCGUAUACUAAAGGUGAACAAGAUCCGGAAAAUCCUUUAAAUUGUCAAGUUCGAGAUGAUUCCCAGAAAAUUUUGAAUUUUUCAUAUAAGCAAUCAUUCGAUAAGCAUAUUAAGAAUUUAAACUUCCCUGCUACAGCAACUUAUGAAAAUGUAAUUGAAAAUCAAAUAAAUGUCAAUAAUUUCAAUAAUACACCAGAAAAGUCUACACAUGUAGAAGCAAUAACAUUAGGAACAGGAAGUGCAUUACCAUCCAAAUACAGAAAUGUCAUUUCAACUCUAUUAAAGAUCCCUUACGUCAACAACAAUCUUGAGAUUACAAACAGAUGUGUUCUCUUUGAUGCAGGUGAAAACACAAUCGGUACUUUGAGUAGAAUGUUUUCACAAUUGGAAUUACAAACUAUUUUCAAAGAUUUGAAAUUAAUUUACUUGAGUCAUUUACAUGCCGAUCAUCACCUAGGUAUCAUUAGUAUAUUAAGAGAAUGGUAUAAAUAUAAUAAAUCAGACCCUGAUGCCAAGAUUUAUUUAGUAACACCAUGGCAAUACAAUAAAUUUGUUAAUGAAUGGCUCCUAUUCGAAAAUGAUGAGAUUUUAUCAAGGAUUAACUAUAUUAGUAACGAGCAUUUGGUAAACGAUUCAUUUGUUAGGAUGGAAACUAAAACACUAACCAUUAAUGAAUUUGAUAAUCUAAAAGCUACGAAGAAUAAAGCGGAAAAAGCACAAUCUGUAUCUCCAAACCAUUCACCAAAAAGAAGAAAAUUAGAAUUAGAUAAAACAAGCUCUUAUAGAAAUCUACAGAUGAUUAAGCAGAUGUAUCAAGAAUUACGUAUUAAGUCAUUCCAAACUUGUAGAGCUAAACAUUGUGAUUGGGCAUAUUCUAAUUCCAUCACAUUUUUUAUGAAUUCAAGCUCUCCUAACGAUUCAUAUUCCAAAACCUUUAAAGUUUCUUAUUCUGGUGAUACGAGACCAAAUAUUGAGAAAUUCUCAAAAGGUGUAGGUUAUAAUUCCGAUUUAUUGAUACACGAAGCUACUUUAGAUAAUGAAUUGAUUGAAGACGCUAUUAAAAAGAGACAUUGUACGAUUAAUGAAGCUAUUGAGGUAUCUAACGAAAUGAAUGCAAGGAAGUUAAUACUUACGCACUUUUCACAAAGAUAUCCUAAACUUCCACAAAUGGGCAAUAACAUAAAGGUUCAAGCUAAAGAAUAUUGUUUUGCGUUUGAUGGAAUGAUUGUCGAUUAUGAAACGCUCGGUGAUCAAGAGGCAGUCUUCCCAUUACUGAACAAAGCUUUCAUUGAAGAAAAGGAACAAGAAGACAAUAAGAGUGAAACCGACCUUGACACUAUGUAA